AAGAAACGCUCAUGGGCUCUUUUUUUAAAUCGAAGUGAGAGAUUUCUGGGAGCACUGAACAGUGAUUGUGAAGGCAUGCCCAAACCAUGAGCAGCAGUAGACCCAAGAACUUCCGCCGCCGUGCCGGCGACGACGAUGAAGACGGCCAAAAAGACGACGCUAAUGUCCCCAACAUCACCACCACCAAGGCCGCUUCAAAACCUAAGCCCAAGAAGCUACUCAGCUUCGUGGACGACGAGGACGCCGAAACCCCCUCUCGCUCCUCCUCCUCCUCCUCUUCUUCUUUCAAGCGUUCAAGCAAGCCCUCCUCUUCCUCUCACAAAAUAACCUCCCUCAGAGACCGCCAGGCCCACUCCACACCCUCUGUCUCCGUCUCCAAUGUCCAACCUCAGGCCGGCACUUACACCAAAGAAGCCCUCCUUGAGCUCCAGAAGAACACCCGAACGCUCGUCUCUUCUCGCUCCACUUCCUCCGAGCCCUCUAUCGUCCUCAAAGGCCUCCUCAAACCUCCCUCCUCCGACGACCCCGAAAUCUCUCGAACCCUAAGACAAUCAGACGACGACCGCGACGUUUCUGACGGAGACGAGGACAAUAGAGAUAGGCGUGAUGCUCAGACCCGGUUUGCUUCCUUGGGAAUCGGAAAGACGAGGGAUUCUCCCGGGUCGGCGUUGUUUCCCGACCAGGCCACCAUCAAUGCAAUCCGCGCCAAGAGGGAGCGCCUUCGCAAAUCGCGUGCAGCCGCACCGGAUUUUAUCUCGUUGGACGGAGGCAGCAAUCACGGUGAGGCCGAGGGCUUGAGCGAUGAGGAGCCCGAGUUUCGGGGACGAAUUGCCAUGUUUGGUGAGAAGCAGAAGAUCGAUGACUCCGAGACGAUGAAGAAGGGGGUGUUUGAGGAUGAUGAUGAGGUCGUACACGAGAGGGCAGUGGGUGUGAAUUUAGUGAAGGAUAGUGCAAGCGAGAACGCCGUCGAGGAGGAGGACGAGGAGGAAAAGAUGUGGGAAGAGGAGCAGUUUCGGAAGGGGUUGGGGAAGAGAAUGGACGAUGGGGCUACUAGAGUCGCUGUGACUGCUAGUGUUCCCGUGGUUCAGAGUUUGCAGCAGCAGCAGCAGCACAAAUCCGUUUAUCCGGCAACGGUUCCAAGUGCAGUUGGAGGAAUGAGUAUAGGUGGCGCAAUUGGAGAUUUGGAUACCAUGCUGUCGAUACCGCAGCAAGCCGAGGUGGCCAAGAAAGCUCUGCUGGAGAAUUUGAGGAGGCUUAAGGAAUCUCAUGGCAGAACUGUCAUUUCAUUGACAAAGACUGAUGAUGAUCUGUCUGCCUCACUGUCGAAUAUUACUGCUCUUGAAAAGUCUCUAUCUGCUGCAAAUGAGAAGUUCAUAUUCAUGCAAAAGCUUCGUCAUUUUGUUUCUGUCAUAUGUGACUUUUUGCAGGAUAAAGCACCCUAUAUAGAGGAACUUGAAGAGCAGAUGCAGAAACUUCAUGAAGAACGUACUUCAACUAUUUUGGAAAGAAGGGCUGCUGAUAAUGAUGAUGAACAUAUGGAGGUAGAAGCAGCUGUGAAUGCAGCAAUGUCUGUUUUCAGUCAGAGAGGUAGCAGUGCUGAAAUCAUUGCAGCAGCCACAAGUGCAGCACAGGCUGCAUCUGCUGCUGUCAGAGAGCAAACAAAUCUACCAGUAAAGUUAGAUGAGUUUGGUAGAGAUAUAAACCUGCAGAAACGUAUGGAUAUGUCGCGGCGUGCUGAACGCAGGAAAGCUAAGUCUGAUUCUAAGAGCAUCUCAUCAAUGGAAGUGGAAAAUUCUAAUCAAAGAAUAGAAGGCGAGUUAAGCUCUGAUGAGAGUGAUAGUGAGAGUACAGCAUACCAGCAUCACCGAAAACUGUUGCUUCAGACAGCUGAUCAAAUAUUUAGUGAUGCAGCUGAAGAAUAUUCCCGACUUUCAGCGGUUAAAGAAAGAUUUGAAAAAUGGAAGAGAGAUUAUUCAUCAAGUUAUCGCGAUGCUUACAUGUCAUUGAGUGUUCCUGCUAUCUUUUCUCCAUAUGUUAGACUGGAGCUGUUGAAGUGGGACCCACUCCAUGAGGAUAUUGAUUUUUUUGAUAUGAAAUGGCAUUCAUUGUUGUUUGAUUAUGGUUUGCUGAAUGAGAAAAGUGAUUUUGCUUCCGAUGAUGCGGAUUCUAAUCUUGUCCCUGAACUGGUGGAAAAGGUAGCACUUCCUAUUUUGCAUCAUGAAAUUGCCCACUGCUGGGACAUGCUCAGUACAAGAGAGACAAAGAAUGCUGUAAACGCCACAAGCUUGGUUACAAAUUAUGUUCCAGCUUCCAGUGAGGCUCUUUCAGAUUUAUUAGUUGCCAUUCACACUUGUCUAGCUGAUGCUGUUGCUAAUCUUACGGUCCCAACAUGGAGCCCGCUUGUAUUGAAGGCUGUGCCAAAUGCUGCACGUGUCGCAGCAUAUCGAUUUGGAAAGUCUGUUCGUUUGCUGAGAAAUAUCUGCAUGUGGAAAGAAAUCCUCGCUUUGCCAGUUCUAGAGAAACUUGCUCUUGAUGAGCUUUUGUAUGGAAAAAUGCUACCUCAUGUUCGAAGCAUUGCGACAAAUGUUCAUGAUGCGAUAACAAGAACUGAACGGAUCAUUGUUUCUCUAUCUGGGGUGUGGGCAGGUCCAAAUGUCACAGGGGAACGCAGCCAAAAGUUGAAACCGCUGGUGGAUUAUGUGCUGUUUCUUGGAAAGACCCUGGAGAAAAAGCAUGUGAUGGGUGUUAAUGAGAGUGAGACUAGUGGACUUGCUCGGCGAUUGAAGAAGAUGCUGGUUGAGCUCAAUGAAUAUGACUAUGCAAGGGACAUAGCUAGGACCUUUCAUCUCAAGGAGGCAUUGUAAUAUUUGAGAAGCUUGUCUCGUGUGACAAGCUCUGACUUAUAGGCUUGCUCAUGGGUUGAAGAAAUAUUGGGGGGGUCAACUCGAGAAAUACACUGAAGGCUAGGGCCAUGUAUAUGCAGGAGGUCCUUUAGAUCUGGAGGAGGCAUUCUGUGUCGUCCCAUUCUUGGAGGUACACUUCGAACUCAAAAGGCAUGUGCAUCAUGUCUCGACUCUUUGCCGUGGCACUUCAUUUGGACUGCGGGCUGCCAGCAAAUUGUUCCUCUGGGAGUUUUGUAGCUUUGAGGCGAAAAAUGUUGUGUUACGUUAUUUCCUCUCUUCUCUUCUUUCUUGUAUGGGACAAGGUCCUAGUUAAUUUAGCGAAAUCUGAGAAGCAAUUGACACAUAUGUUUACGUAUAUUGUUGAUAGGUCUCUCAAGAGAGCUAGGCCGCCUUGUGUUCAAUAUCAGAUAACUGGACUCCGUUUGGGCCUGAAGCAAUUAACCAUGUGUGUUAUGUUGAGUACGA